GCCGUAACGGAUUACUUACAAACUAUGGAAUCUGUCGGGUCUAAUGACUCCGAUCAAAUAUCUCCGUACGUCAGUAACCGAGACCAACGCCAUGUCUUGCCUCAUCAGCAGGUGGAAGAUCGCAUAGUUCGAGCUCUCCGUCACAGACUCCGUCUACUCAGCCGUCCAAACGACGCUACUUUCCACGUCCUCGGUGCCACGUGUAACGUCUACACGGUGGAAUUAACGGCCACACCGACUUGUACUUGUCCCGACCGUAAGAAGCCGUGCAAACACAUCUUGUUUGUCUUAAUUCGAGUUCUUGGCAUUCCCCUCGACGACAAGUGUCUCCGGCAACGGAGACUCAGGCCGUGUCUUCUUUACCGUCUCGUCUCCGCUCCCACACGACCUGAAUGUCUCGCUAGUUUUCAUCUCCAGCAACGGUUUCUUCAGCUUUUAUCCACCGUCAAUUCUCAUUAUGGUGGUGACACUGGCUCCUCCUCCACCCGUGAACCGGACCAACCGGAAAAAGAGAUGGAAGAGGAAGCAGCUACAUGUCCAAUAUGUCUAGACGAUAUUAGUGUUAUUAAAAGCGUAAACGGUGAAUAUGUUGGAGGAGAGGAGAUAGAGAGAGCUGUGGUGAAGUGCAGGGUUUGCAAGAACAAAGUGCAUGAAGAUUGCAUGCUGAAGUGGAGGGCGAGUAGGGGACGGAGACCGGCGAUCUGCGUUGUUUGCCGUUCACGGUGGCGGCGAGUCAGUGGGUCUAGCAGGACUUCUAAUGUCGGUGGUAAUAACGAGAUCGCCCACGGUAAUUGUUACUUAAAUCUUGCUCCCUAUGUUAAUGAGGAGGAGGAGGGUGGGGUUGGCACAAGUCAACGGUCAUGUUGAGAAAAUUAAAAGAUUCAUUGUUAUGUCAUGUAUUUUAAUGUCAUUUAAACAAGAUACUCUUAUCAAAAAC